AUGCGACAUCCUGCAGAUAGCCCGCAAUGGAAGGCAAUUGAUCGUCUGUAUCCUGACUUUGGGGCCGAGCCUAGAAAUUUAAGGCUUGGUCUUGCAACAGACGGAAUGAACCCAUUUGGAACCUUAACUACUAACCAUAGCUCGUGGCCCGUUUUGCUCUUCAUUUAUAAUCUCCCUCCGUGGUUGUGCAUGAAGCGAAAGUAUGUUAUGCUGAGUAUGAUGAUAGCUGGUCCAAGACAACCAGGUAAUGAUAUCGACGUAUAUCUAAGACCUUUAAUUGACGAUUUGCGGAAAUUGUGGGAUGAAAGGGUUGAUGUAUGGGACGCAAAUUUGCAGCAUGCUUUCAAGUUGCGUGCAAUGGUUUUUUGUACCAUAAAUGACUUUCCAGCCUACGGAAAUUUAAGUGGAUAUAGUGUCAAAGGACAUCACGCAUGUCCUAUAUGUGAGCAAAAUACAAGUUUCCGCCAACUUAAACAUGGAAAGAAGACUGUCUAUACUAGGCAUCGAAGAUUUCUCAAACAGUUUCAUCCGUAUCGACGAUUGAAGAAGGCAUUCAAUGGAAGUCAAGAACAUGAAACCGCGCCAAAUCCAUUAACUGGUGAUGAAGUAUAUCAGCGGGUCAAGGAUGUCGAAAAUAUGUUCGGCAAGUCCCAAAAAAAACCAUCAUCCACUUCAAACAUGUGGAAAAAGAAGUCUAUUUUCUUUGAUCUUCCGUACUGGUCUGAUCAUCAUGUUAGGCAUUGUAUAGACGUGAUGCAUGUCGAGAAAAAUGUUUGUGAUUCUUUAAUUGGGACCCUCCUAAACAUGAAAGGCAAGACAAAGGAUGGUUUCAAGUGUCGUCAAGACUUGGUUGACAUGGGUAUACGUCAGGUUUUGCAUCCUAUCUCAAAAGGUACCAGGACAUAUCUGCCCCCAGCCUGUUAUACAAUGUCAACAGCUGAAAAGAGAAUUUUUUGUGAAUGCUUGCGUAAUAUGAAAGUCCCACAAGGCUACUCUUCAAACAUCAAGAGUCUUGUGUCUGUGAAUGAGCUUAAGUUGGUUGGCUUGAAAUCGCAUGAUUGUCAUGUGUUAAUGCAACAACUUUUGCCUGUUGCAAUCCGCGGAACAUUGCCUGAGAAGGUCUGUGUUGCAAUCAGUCGCUUGUGUUUCAUUUUUAAUGCUAUAUGUGCGAAGGUCAUUGACCCUAAACAGUUGGAUGCUUUGGAAGAUGAGGUUGCCAUUGUCCUUUGUCAAAUGGAGAUGUUUUUCCCUCCUUCAUUUUUUGACAUUAUGGUACACUUAGUUGUUCAUCUGGUAAGGGAAAUAAGGUCUUGUGGUCCUGUGUAUUUUAGAUGGAUGUAUCCAGUUGAGCGGUACAUGAAGGUCUUAAAGGGUUAUACGAAGAAUCGACAUCGACCAGAGGCCUCAAUAGUGGAAAGAUACGUUGCUGAAGAAUGCAUUGAGUUUGCCUCACAGUACAUUGACUCAUUGAAACCUGUCGGUGUUCCUGCAUCCCGGCAUGACUAG